UCUGGCUAGUUUUUGCAACCUAAAGAAAUUGACAGGAAACAAAAACAAAAAGAAUUGCAUGGAUGUCAUCGCUGUAUGCCACACAAGGAUGUUAACUAUAAGAAGAAAGGGGCAGCAUGUGAAACUCAUCAUAUUUUUGUCCGAAGAAUUAUGAAUUCAAUGGGCAUGGAGACCUUGGAUCAGAUGCUUCUGUCAAGUUGGUACCAUGUUCAUUCCUCGGUGCCCCCAUCCUAUGUUCAAUUACCAGAAAACAGGCCUGGUAGGGUUGUUAGUUCUUUGCAUAAGGCAAUACCCGUCAUUGAUCUUGGAAGUCAUGAUCCUGCUCAUACCACAAACCAAAUGUUGAAAGCCUCUGAGGACUAUGGCUUUUUCCAGGUAAUAAACCAUGGAGUUUCGAAGGAUUUAAUGGAUGAAACUCUGAACAUUUUUAAAGAAUUCCAUGGCAUGUCUCCGAAAGAGAAGGUAAAUGAAUGUUCUAAGGACCCAAACGGAAGUUGCAGGAUUUACACAAGUGGUGAGAACAAGAUGAAAGAUGAGAUUCUUUAUUGGAAGGAUUCACUAACACAUCCUUGUCCUCCCUCUGGGGAAUACAUGGAGUAUUGGCCUCAGAAACCAUCCAAAUACAGGGAGGUUGUUGGAAAAUACACACGAGAAUUGAAGAAACUCGCUCUUAAAAUUUUGGAGGUGCUUUGUGAAGGGUUGGGGCUGAAGCCAGGAUAUUUCUGUGGUGGACUAAGUGAAAAUCCAGCAGUGUUGGUUCAUCACUACCCUCCUUGCCCUGACCCAAGUUUAACAUUGGGCUUAGCUAAACACAGGGACCCUACCAUCAUCACCAUUCUGCUUCAAGAUAAAGAAGUACAAGGACUUCAAGUCCUCAAGGAUGAGGAAUGGAUUGGGGUUGAACCUAUUCCCCAUGCUUUUGUGGUUAACAUUGGUCUACUCUUGCAGAUCAUCACUAAUGGAAGACUAGUUGGUGCUGAACACCGAGCUGUGACAAAUUCGAGUACUGCACGCACAAGUGUUGCCUAUUUUGUCUAUCCAUCAUUUGAAAGCAUCAUAGAACCUGCACAAGUUUUGAUCAAUGGAAACACUCCACCAACAUAUAAAUCCAUGUCAUUCGGAGAGUUUCGAAGAAAUUUCUUUCAGAAGGGUCCUAAGAUUGAAGAAGAAUUGCAAUAAAAUGUCCAUAUAUAAACAUCCAAACGGACAGAACAUAUUAAAGUACAGCAUAUAUAUGCAUAUGAUAUAAAGUUCACUGUUCAGCCAUGUUGCUGAUUAUGACCUUGAAAAUUUUGCUAUUAAUGUUAUUAGUGUAUAUGUAGUCUUAUAUUUAAUAUA